CAAGCUUCUAAUUAUAAACUGCACGUAGUUAUCAAUAUUGAAAUAAACUAAUACCUUAGAUUAAUUUUCAAAGUUGCCUUGAAGUUAUAAAAAAAAAAAAUAUCUCCAAGGCUCAAGCAAUUUAUCAGCAAAAAAGUGAUAAAAAUCAUGAUUUUUUGAAUUAAAAAAAAAAUGAGUGGAACGUUUGUAAGGAAACGUAAUGUAAACAGAAGCGAUUUCCAUAUAUCGCAACAAGAUAAACAGUUACAUAAUUUUUUUGAUAUACAAAAUGCAGUUUAAUAUCUAAUCUUGGAGAAGCGAGACACAGACCCCCAAGGUUUAUGAUGAGUGAGAUGCUUCAAUAAUCAUUUUAAAUGGACACGUCACACAGAGGAUCCAGUCCCCGUUGUAUUAGAAUUGUAUAUGGAUUCAAAAAUAGAUUUUCAUCGCCACAAACUCCCUGCAGUGCACCAUCAGAUGAAACUAUCUGUUGCUUCUUAUUCGAGUGUGUUUGUGUGUGUGUAGAUAAACAUAAACUUCAUAAUCUUUAUUUAUUAUUUAUAGUGAAUUCUGUAGAAAAUUUUACAUUUUAAAUGAAUUUUAAUUCAAAAAAGUGCAAAUCAUUUUUUCCGCAACCCAUUUUUCAUGUUAAUGUAACUUUUUUCCAUUUUUACAAUUGUGAAUUAUUCUUUUGAAAAUUUUUCGAAAAACAUAUUUUUGUCCUUUGUACUACUUGAAAUAUUGCACUUUAAACAAUAACGUUUUCCAAAAAAAAUUCGAAAUAUAUUUAAAAUUGGAAAAAAAUAGUUUAAGUUUCGUGAAGAAGAAAACUAGAAAUGUCGCAUUCAAAUUCAAAAUCGUCGAGUCUAUUUAAACAAGCGGUUAUUCAAAUCGGAGCCGGAGGUUCGGCAGGUUUUGUGGAAGUCUGCAUUAUGCAUCCAAUGGAUCUCGUGAAGACGAGAUUUCAACUUCAAGUGAAAACAAACAAAGUUGAUCCUUUAUAUUAUACUGGAAUCGGAGACUGUAUGAAAAAGAUGUACAAAAAUGAAGGCCUCGCUUCUUUCUGGAAAGGAAUAUUACCGCCAAUUUUAUCUGAAACUCCAAAAAGAGCCGUGAAGUUCUUUUCUUUCGAGCAAUAUAAACCGCUUUUCCUCUUUGGUGCCAGUGCUCCAACUCCCAUAACAUUCGCAUUGGCUGGAUUUUUCGCUGGCAUGACGGAAGGUAUAUUCGUAAAUCCAUUUGAAGUUAUUAAAGUGCAAUUGCAAUCGAAUCGUAAGAAGAUGACUGAAACUCCAUCGACGUUCGCUGUGACAAGAGAGAUUAUUAGAAAAAAUGGAUUUGGUUUUAAUGGUCUUAAUAAGGGAUUAAGUGCAACAGUUAUGAGAAAUGGCGUUUUUAAUUUAGUUUACUUAGGAUUUUAUCAUUCCGUUAAAGGCUAUCUUCCAGUGAGCAACGAUCCGAAAUUGAAUUUUUUAAUGAAGGUCGGCAUUGGUUUUUCGGCUGGAACAAUGGCCUCUUGUUUAAAUAUUCCAUUCGACGUGGCCAAAAGUCGUAUUCAAGGGUCACAAAAUAAUGAGUAUAGAGGAACGUUAAGAACAAUCGCUACUGUUUAUAGACAAGAAGGAUUCAGAGCCCUUUACAAAGGAUUAUUACCAAAAGUUUUACGACUAGGUCCCGGCGGAGCAAUAAUGUUAGUUGUCUAUGACUACAUGCACGCUUACCUCACAGUCAAGCUGAAGAAUUAAAUACUAUCUUUCUUUCUAUUCACAAUUGUAAUUGACGACGUUUCAAUGUUAUCGGACAAUCGAACUAGUCUUUCUGCAUAUUCGUCGAAAAGAAAACAAAACAAAA